GCCCGGUGGCGGAAGAUGGCUGCGGCAGAGGUGGUGGACACUCAGCUGAUGCUCGGAGUAGGGCUGAUCGAGAAGGACACGAACGGAGAGACACUGUGGGUGUGGUGCUACCCUCGCACCACGGCUGCCCUGCGGAGUCUGCUGCUGAGGAAAUGCUGCCUCACCCAGGACGCCGCGCCGCUCCAUCCCUUCGUCUUCGGCCAGUACCGCAGAACGUGGUUUUACAUCACCACAGUUGAAGUUCCUGAUGCCUCAGUGUUGAAAAAGGUGACUCAUUUUUCUAUUGUUCUGACCGCCAAAGAUUUUAACCCAGAGAAAUAUGCCGCCUUCGCUAGGAUAUUGUGUAGGUUGUACCUGAAGCAUGGGAGCCCAGUGAAGAUGAUGGAGAGCUACAUUGCCGUUCUCACAAAGGGAGUAUGCCAGAGUGAGGAGAACGGCUCUUUCCUCAGCAAGGACUUCGAUGCCCGGAAGGCGUACCUUGCAGGCUCCGUUAAAGACAUUGUAUCUCAAUUUGGAAUGGAAACUAUCAUCUUACACACUGCACUGAUGCUAAAGAAAAGAAUUGUUGCUUAUCAUCCCAAAAUAGAAGCUGUCCAGGAAUUUACCAGGACUCUGCCUGCCCUGGUGUGGCACCGACAGGACUGGUCCAUCCUGCAUUCCUACGUCCACCUCGAUGCUGACGAGCUGGAAGGCUUACAGACAUGCACAGGUUACGUCGCUGGCUUUGUGGACCCGGAGGUGAGCAACAGGCCGGACCUCUAUGACGUGUUUGUGAAUCUGGCGGAGAGCGAGAUCACCGUGGCUCCACUAGCGAAAGAGGCCAUGACGAUGGGCAAACUGCACAAAGAAAUUGGGCAGCUGAUCGUUCAGUCUGCAGAUGACCCAGAGAAGUCAGACAGCCAAGUUAUACAGGAUAUUGCGCUGAAGACAAAGGAAAUCUUCACCCACAUGGCACCGUUCUCAGAAGUGUCGGAUGAUGGAGGGAAGGUGGUCCUCAAUGUGGAGGCCUUGCGGCAGAAACGGUUCCCACCAGCCACAGAGAACUUCCUGUACCACCUGGCGGCGGCCGAGCAGAUGCUGCAAACCUGAUGGCAGGUGCCCUGCCGGCGGCUGAACUGGAGCCCCGUCACUCUGACUUCCCAUCAACUGUGUAAAAUACCAAAAUUAGCACAGAAAAGGUUAUAUUUUUAAUGAUUUACCUGAAAGUUUGAGAUUUGACCGAAACACUGAAACCCAUGAACACAUACCUGUGAUUGCCUCCCAGCUGAUUAGCUUCCCGCCUGCGGUCAGAGCUGGACAAAGUGACGUGAGAGUGGCCCAGUGUCCUGGAGCCCAAACACAAGCCAUGGCCGCUGGGGCCGCCUUCGCCGCCCCUUCCCGUGGUCCUCC